UAUUUAUAAUUGUAGGUUUAUUUUUAUAUAAUACAUAAAUAAGAAUAAAAUAACUUAAAAUGAAAUGAGUUGGAUUCCGUUUCGUAAACAAGGCAAAAAGACUAUUCUUGAUAAAAAAACAUGUUUUGAGUAUGAAAGCAACAUUGAACGAUUAAAUAAAGUUGAAGCUAGCACAAGAAAGGUUUACAAAGAGGGAAAAAAACACUUGGAGAGUAAUGCAGCACUUAGCAAAAUGCAACAGCGAUUUGCGCAAGAAUUAAAUGUGGGUACAUCCAUUAAAGAGACAGACGAGCGAUUAUUUAACAUAACACAAAGUUUACAACAAACUUUAGUUCAUCAGUCUGAACUUCUUCGAGAAUUAAACAACAAUAUUCAAAAAUCAUUUGUAGAUCCAAUGAAAAAAUUUACAUCGAAUUUUGCAUUAGUAAAUAAUGCCAUUAAAAGAAGAGAUCAAAGUUUAAGUGAGUACACCAAAUACAAUAAUCGUAGGGAAAAGUUUUUGGAGAAAGAAAGUCAAUCAGGUAAGUUUGAUGCAAAUGAAAGAUAUUUAGCAUUAGCAAAGGCUGAUUUUGAGCGUAGAAACAUUAAGCUUAUGGAGGAAUUGCCGAAGUUUUUUGAUUGCAGAAGUACAUAUUUUAUGUUGUGUUUUAAAGGGCUGGUUAAAAGUGAGCAUGACUAUUUUAGUAAAUCUCGUGAAAUAUUCGAACAAUUAGCUGAAAAAGUUGAUUGUCCGAUAGAACAACUAACAGAAGAGGAAUAUAGAGAGGAAACUAGUAAACGUUUAGCUGACAUUAGAACGUUGUCUAUUGUUGGGUAAAGAUUUUAAUUUUAUUAAAAUUUCUUUAUUUUUUUAAGCGUUUAUAUUGUUAGACUAUUAUUCGUCUAUGUUACACUUGUGUAUUUUUUAAAAUUGUGUAUAUUAUAUUUUUUAACAUGUCCUUUCUUAGGUAUUUUGUAUAUUUGCCAUGGUUUUAAAUAGCAUGUAAAUAAUCGAUUUAAAUAUUUAUGAAUUUAAAAAAAAAAAUUGUUUCUGGUUCCAA